CUUUUUUAAACGGUCAAGAAAUUCCUCCCCAUUUUUCAAAAUUCACAGACCAACCAACCGAACCAGCAAGAAUCAGAUCACUGAUUCCCCAACAUGGCGUCGUUUAAGCGGCGGAGCUCCGCCACGAGUCAAGACCCGAACAAGAUUGGGGCUUUCAAGUCGAAUGUGAACAUGGCACUGAAUCGAUUGGGCAAGGAGAAUCCGACCCGCACAGUGGGUGCUAGAGCUUUUAAGGUUUAUACUGAAAAAGGGGCUGCUAAACCUGAUGCUGCUAGCAGGCGAUCUGUCCCGGUCAAGAAAUCAGCUAUUCUCGACAACAAAAGUGUUGUCAAGGCUGGUUUGUUGAGUAUGGAGAAGGGCAAAGCCACACUCGGUAGUGCUGCAACUGGAAUUGUUGGAAGAAGAGCAUUAGCUGAUGUAAGCAAUGUUAAGGGAAAUUCUUCCAGGGUUGUAGGGGGAGACGCCUCUAAACUAAUGGUUGGUAAAACUGAGAAAAAGAAGUAUCUGCAACGGGCUUCAGUGGGUGCAGGCACUAGGACCGUUCAUGUGAAUGUCCAAUCACUGAGAUCCACCCUGGGAAAAGACAGGGAAAGCAGUCAAGGCGUUUCUGCUUUACAGACUACAAAAAGAGAUAUUAAAGAUCUGAAGGCCCCUUCAGAAAUUCAAAGCACCAAAGCUAUGGGUUUACGCAAUGAAUCUACGGUUGCAGAUAGCAGGAGAACUUCGAGGAAUUUACCAAAGCUGACAAGGUUUUCUUUACCAGUAGUGAAAGCUAACUCAGAAGAAGGGAGUAUUUCAAAGGAAAAUGUUGGGAGUCCUGCUAAGGCUAAAGUUGGCAAAAGAGUAAUCUCCAGAGUGAGCAAUGAUAUUAGGAGCUAUAUAUCAAGGAAUCGAGCGAGUGAUGGCUUUCUGAUGAGGUCAGUGAGAUUGACCGACUAA